AUGCCUGGAUUCAAGGCAGACCUCGCGAGCACUAUCACAGCGGCCAACUUUGCCGCACCUCCACUCCCACACCCCCGAGCGUGGCAGCGCGUGGCCGUGUCUGCGACGACCAGCAGUCUUGGCCUGCGCAAAAUAUGGAAGCGGGUCGGCGGUAUGGCGCCCUCACAAGACGACGACCGAUACUUGGCGGCAGUGCGUGAGCUGCAGUCCGACAGCCGCAGCCCGAGGAAGCGCAGACGUGAGCUUCGACACGUGCCCGUGUGGGCGGAGGCGCAGUGGCACCCACAGGACGUGCAGUAUGCAGAUGUAGAGAUGGUGCUUUCAGAAGCUAGAGAAGCCGUGGCAACUGCGACAGCCGUGGGCAUCACGGACGCGACGAACACCAUCCAUCUGCGACCUACACGCCGGACAGCAACUUUUGCCGAGGACAGUCUCAAGGUGGUCCCGAGAAAGAGGAGCAGCAACCGUAAACCACUACAGCCUAUGUGGGCGAAAGCUGCGACAAAAACGUCCAAGCCUCAGCCUCUGCCUGAGAGCGUGAUUGUCGAAGAAAAGCCUCAGCUGGAAAUUGAGAUUCACGUGGACGAGACGGACAUGUCACACAUCGCAACGCGGCGGAAGCGUCGGGCAAGUCGCAGGUACAGCAUGCCGGCCAGACAAAGAUUUGACCAGAUGGAGGCUAUAGACAUGGACAGUCCUCUUCGCCCGGCGAAAGCAUCUACCCUCAACGCCCCAGCAUCGUCGCCGCUAAAGCCUUUUAAGAUGAGCGACACUCUGUUGGCACCGGUCAGCACAGUCCGCGAAUCGAUCAUCCUCAAGGAGCACGAUGCGGUGGCGCCUCCAGACGACGCGCCCGCUCCGCUUAUAAUCUUCGACCAGGCCGUUCCCGAGACAGUCACGGAGCCGGCGCAUGAGAGACGACGGCGCAGAUCUCUGCACAGCGGCAGACACAGCGAGAAAUGGACGGAAGCCGCGGUGGAGAAAAGACUGAGUGCCGGGAGAGCAAGACAUGCACGCAGAAGCAUGGGUGCCGAGCUGCUGGUGCCAAAGUCCAAGAAGUCGGCUCGCCGCCACAGCGCCCAUCCAGGAACGGGCGCAGAGAGUUGGGCAGGGCGGCGCAGUAGCGAUUGCGAGGCGGACCGGCUUGUGCACGAGGACGCAGCGUUGCAGCUGCAGGAAGAGACGGCAAGCGCUAGCAGUGGCCUGUUAAUGGUGCUGGAAGAGGAAAGCAGCGUGAUGCGCGAAGAACCCGUCGUCGUGGACGUGCGCGAAAAUCUGGACAUUUUCGGUGCUAAUCCUCCCAUCUAUCCACUGACAGCUGGCAACGCGGAGCCAAACAGGGCAGCCUCUCCACCCGACAGCGGACUGACAUCAGAGAAUGAGGUCGUGACGGACGAGACGCUGCACUUUGACCUGGCCGAAACGUCAGCUGCUGAUUCCGAUGUUCGGCCGAAGUUAAUGUCGUCUCCUGACACCGCUAGCAGAAGCGGACAAUUUGAUGACGAGGAACUGCCGCAAUCGCCGAACAUGACUGCUGCAGGGUCUCGUGAUGCUACUGGUCAGAAUUUGGCACUGUUGGCACCGUUGGUGCCCGACGACACGUUGGAAUAUGGCACAGCUCGGUUCGUUGGGGGUUCUGCGAUACCGCCGCUGGCAAUGGAGAUCGACUCGGAUGCCGAGGAGACUGAGGGGGACGACUCUGUCCUCGAGCAGCAGCAGCAGAGCGACGAUGCCGGCAACGACGACGACGUGCCCAACACACCUGAGCCGUUUCGGAAGUCGGGGUCAAUCGGGUCGACCGCAUCGUCGUCGGGUUCGCCGGUAUCGAAGAAGGCAGACGAGGCGUCUUCGUCGCCGUCUUCGUCGCUGAUGAAGAACCGGAUGCCAUUUGCGAAGAAGGACCUUAACGCGAGUCCAAGUCCGCGGAAGAAGCGGAAGAGCCUCCUCGAUGGCGGCAGCAGCAAUAGCAGCAGCGGCGACAAGGAGGCCAAGGCCGGAAAGACACAUCGAUUGCGUGACCUGCUGAGUGCGCCGUCGCUGGAAGACGCGUCGCCGCCGCGGCCGAAGAGACGGCGCAAGAAGAUGGAGGCGGAUACAGGAGGCAUCUUCAACCCAGAGUUUCUGCCGGCUGGUGAGAAUGUGGAUGUUGGAAGUGCCGAUGCUGCGACAACUGCGGAAACUGUGGAAACGACGACGGAAGCGGCCACGGCAGAGGAGGCAGGGCUGCGACGGUCGAAGCGGACAACACGCAGCAGCCAGACAGCCAAGUCGGCAGCAGCAGCGGCGGUGUUGGCUGGAAGUAGCGGUGCGCUGUCUCUGCUGCCGGUACGGCUGCCGGGUUCGUUGAACCUCCACGGCGAUGAAGGUCACGUGACGGGGUUGGUGUUGAGGCGCACAGGCGAGAAGGACGUGGCAGCGAUCACGCGAGUAAACACGCGCAAGAACAGGGCCGGCGCAGAACAUCCGUCGGCCGUGUUGGCACGACAGGCGCAGGAGUUAAAGGGGAAGAAGGGGGGGAAGGGAGGAAAGGGGAGAAAGACAAAGGGUGAGAAGAGCCAGAAGGGCCAGAAGAAUCAGAAGUCGGUCACUGACACGGCAGAAGGGGGGAGUGAAAGCGAAGACAAGGACAAAGAGAGCGGAGACCAGGGUGAGGUUGAGGGCGAGAUCAAGGACGACAACAAGGACGAAGAAAACGACGAGAACAAAGACUCGAAAAGUUGCAAAGCAAAGACUGUUCGCUGGGCUGAAGAGCUAGUCCGGGUACAAGGCCGCGAAGGCAAGAGCAAGAAGGACAAGGGCAAAGGAAAGAAGGACAAGACCGACAAGGGAGCAAAGGGGUCAAAGGAAGAGAAGGAGCAGGUGGCGGAAAGGGUCGAACACGUGGAGAAGGUCGCGGAAGCCGAGUCCUGUGCAGACGUCCAGGAGAAGCAGCCGAACGAGGCGCCAGCAACGGCUGCUGUGGCUGAUGAGGUGGCUGUUGAUGUGGCUGUGGACGUCGGAGCUGUAGUGUCUGUGGCUGAACCGACGGAGGAAGCGACCGUGGUGGAUUCUGCAAUAGCAACAGCAACAGCAACAGCGACGGCCGAGCCGGCGAAGAAAAAGGCCAUACCGCGGCGGACGACGCGGACGUCUCGGCUGCAGCUACCAACGCCCCGCAAGGCUCUUCUAUCGGCUGCGGCCGCGGCAGCGAAAUCGUCGGCUGUGAAGCCAACAGCAGCCAAGACUUUGGCAGUCAAGGGAACGGCAGUCAAGGCGACAGCUGUCAAGGCGACGGCGGUCAAGGCGAUGGCGGCCAAGGGAACGGCAGCAAAGGCGACGACUGCAGCGACAGCAGCUGCGGAUGCUGCUGGCCAGAGCAAGUUGGCUAUGCCGCGGAUGGCAACACGGCGGACAAACAUACUGAGCAUGGGAAUCAGCGGGAACGGCACGCCGGCACCGAAACGACGAGCCGGAAGGAUAUGA